AUGCGGACCUUAAUUUUUCUUCUCAUUGCUGGUAUUUCAAGUCUUACCCACGCACAAUCUCCAUCAGAUGUAGCAAGACAUAGACUUAUAGGACUAAUUGCAGAUGUACGUGGAGCCGAUGGACGUCGAUAUGGUUCACGUGAUCAUCUUGGAAAUACAAUGGAUUGUGUCAAAAUUAUUAAACGCACUGAUAGUGAACAAUUUAUUGGUGUUUACCAUACAUAUAUCAAUGAAGUACCACGAGUUAAUUUAGCUAUAUCAGACGAUCUUUUAAACUGGACAUGGUUACGUGAAUUAGCUUAUUUUGGUUCACAACCUACAAUUGCUGUACCUAGUGAUCAACCCCAUGGUUAUAUUGUUGCAUGGGAGCAAGAACCAAAGAAUCAUUUACGAUUUGCUUUUUAUCCAACAUGGUCUGAUUUACAAGCUGGUAUACCUAGCAGAAACUAUUCUGUUCCACGUACAUUAUCUACUUGUGCUGAAGGUACUCCAAGUAUCUAUGGUCAACCAACACUUGAUAAUAUUGAUGUUGGUUUUCACUUCUAUGAUAAUUGUGUUGUUGAUCGUCAAGCUCGAGGCACUUUAAAAAACUUUGGUUUAUGGACUCAAUUUCGAAAACAACCAAAUGUUGACAAUGCAUUACUUCAUUUUGGUGUAAAAGGUAAUAUUGGUGAUCGAGAUACUAUUUCCAACUUCGACAGUUAUCAAUUUACCGCCAUGGAAGGACAAUAUGCACCAAAUGAUUUUGGAACUUGGCGCACAUUCAUAUUUGAUCCACAAACAGGCAAUGCUGACCCAGUAAAUGUUAUUACAGAUGGAGGAAGUCAAGCAUUUGCUAAUCCAACAAUGACACUUACUACAUGGAAAGGUCAACAAAUCUUAAUUGUUACUCUUUUUGUUCCUAGUGAAGGACACGCAGAAGGUGAAGCAGGUGAACUUAUCUAUUAUCGUAAACUAUAA